AUGGAUGUACAAGAAAUCGAUGAAAAACUCGUGACGAACGGUAAUUAUGUUAGGCAUGCUUUUAGCAAUCGAAAUAUAAAAAUAAAGGUGAUGGAUGCUGUGAAUAAAAUUGAAGAUUACAACAUUUUUCAAAAUGAAGCUAGCCAAAAUUGUCAACUAGCCAAAAAUAAAAAUAAUAAAUUUUUAUCCUUAAACGAAAAUUUAAUAUCAAAAAUACGAAGUGAAAGUUCAGAUAUAAUAAAAAAAGAAGGACAAAUUUUAGACGUAAAUUCUAGAAAUGUAUGUUAUGCAUUAAAAAGUGGAAAAUUCCGAUUAAUAAAUCAAAAUGGAAUAAAUACUACAAGAAUAAAAUUAUUAUAUGAUAGCGAAGUUUUAUAUGUCAGUUUUAAUCAAGAAAAUGGAAAUUUAUUAUUAAUUUUAGAUACUAAAGGACAUUUAUAUAUAUACAAUAUUAAUGAAUAUAUAGUUGAGUUAAUUUUUUGUUUAAAUUUUUCAUCUGUUCAAAAUGAAAAAAAAAUUUCUGACCAACUGAAAGAUAUAUUGCUUCCAAAUGAUACAGAAGAUGAAAAUAAAAACAUUGACAACGUUAAUAAAAAAAAUGAAUUAGAAAAAAAAAAUAUUCCCAAAAUAGCUAGCUGGAUACCAAAAAAUGAUAAAUUUUUUGUUACAGGUCAUAAUAGCUAUUUAUGUGUGUGGAAUAUUAAAAAGUUAUUGAAUUUUAUUAAUACAAAUAACAUAAAUUCAGAAAUAAAUGUAACACAUGAACUUAUUUCUAGUUGUGGUUUUAAGAUAUCAUUUGGAAAAAUAUUUUAUAAAUAUAGUUAUUUAUUUAACGACAUGUUUUUAGAUAAUACAUAUAAUCAAGAGCAAACUUAUAAUACAUUUUUAAAUUCAUAUUGUUUUAGCUUAGAUGGAAAAUAUAUGCAUGCUUUGAUUAAUAAUUAUUAUUCCUUAAUUUGGAAGAUUCAAAAAGAGGAUCAAACAACUCGACUUGUUUUGGUUGGUUUCCGUUCCCUACACGAGCAAUUGGUUAAUGCUCGAAAAUAUUUGAAUUUAAAUGAAAUAAAACAUGUUUUAAAAGUGGAAAAAAGUAACAUUGAAUGUCAAAUUGAAGAAAUAAACCAACACACAGAUAAAGAAAAAGAAGGAGUUUCAGAAAACGGUAUUAAUCAAAAUAAUAAUAAUAAUAAUAACAUUGAAAUAUCCUCAGUUCAUAUAAUAAAUACUUUUGUUCAAAAUAAGGAAAAUGAAGGCAAAUUAAGCGAAUAUUAUUUGUUAGUAUUCCAUAAUGGAUGUUGUAUAUCUCUUUUUUCCUUUAAAAGAUUUAAUGAUUAUUCAAAUGUGAAACAUAAUAAUAGUACAGAAGAACGUACAGAUAUACUAAAUGAAUAUAUCGAACAAAAUAUUUUUUUCGAUAAAAGUAUUACAAAUAUAGAAAAUGUAGAACUAUUUUUAGAUCCUUCUGAAUUUUUUGUUUUCUUUAACAUAUCUUAUAAUGUUAUAAAUAAAAAUCAAGAAUAUAUAAAUAAAAGUUUGUUAUUUGUCAUAGAAAUAUUUAACAAAAAAAGACUAGAUUUUAAUAUCCAUCCUAAAUUUUUAUUAUUGCAAGGUCAAAGGAUUUUGCCAUUAUGCUCUAUAAGGAUAUUAACAAUAAAAGAAUUUAUUAAAUUUGCAAAAGUUUUAAAUGUUUCAGUAUCAUCAAAUUCUAUUAAUCUCUUUAUUUUUUCUAUAACAUUUAACACUGCAAAAAAAAAUAUCAAUGUCAAAUCAUUCUCGGUUCCGAUUCCAUUAUUAAUGGGUGAUAUAUGUGAUACUCAAAAGGACCAUGAAAAAAAAAUUAAUUUAUAUUGUUCAAAAAGUGAAAAAUUUAAUGAAGAUAUUGAACGAAAUAAAUUUAAUCAUUCUGAUAAUUGUAUGGAUUUUCCAUCUUUUUUGGAUUCCAAAACGAAUACUCCUUUUGAUAAAAUUGAUUCUUUUCAUGUUAAGAUGGAUUCUAAAAGAUGUGUAUCUGACAUAAAUGCUAAUGAACUAAUUAGAAGUGGUGAUACUAAUACAGAAUUGAGCUUAGUGAAUAAAAAGAAUGAAUCAAUUAAUCUUGAUUCCUCAUUUUUUGAUACAAAGAAAGAUGAAGUAGACAAAUGUGGUGAAGAAAAGAUAGAACGUGAAUCGAUUAACACAGAAGAUAAUCAUAUUAUUCAUAAAGAUUAUGAUAAACUCAGCAAUUCCAAAUUAAAUAACAAUUAUAAUGAAGUAAAAUAUGAUGAUAAUUUUAUUGACAACAUUAUUUCUAAAAUUUCAUUAACUGAUAAUAAAAUUUGUGAAAACACAUUAAAUAAAACAGGGGUAUAUAAAAAAACUGAAAGAAAUGAUAUAGUUAAUACUCACGAAAUGUUAGAUAAUAAAAAAGAAGAAAAUUCAAAAAAAAAUAGGUUAUUUAUUUCAGAUCCUGUUGAAAUAAAUAAAGAAGAAAUUCAAAAUGAUGUAUAUUUUAAGGAAACAAAACAUAUUGUUGAUAUAAUAUUUUCUAGUUCUUCAAAUCAAAAGGAUAAAUUUGAUGAGAAUGAUCAAAUAUUAUUAUCAUGUACAGAUGAAAAUAUUGAGAAAGAAAACCAAGAUGAACUAGCCAAUAAUAGUAAUAAAAUAGUUGGGAAUAGUAAUAUAGAUAUAAUAAUGUCAACACAUGAAGACGUAUUGAAACGAUUUAUGGAUUUUAAAGAUGAUCAAAAUCGGGAAGCAUAUGAAAGCGAAAUUGAGAAAAAUGAUGAAAAAAAGGAGAAUAUCGAAUUGAUAAGCCAAGUGGAUAACGACCAAUUAAAAAUAAAUGAACAAACAAAAUAUUAUAAAAAAGAAGAAGAAAGUCAGGAAAAAAUAUUACCUCAAUCUCAAUUAAAAGAUAAAAACAAAGUUAAAUAUGAUAACGAAAAAUCAAAUGCAAAUUUAGAAAGUGAAGUUUUAAAAAAAGAGAAAAACAUAAAUUCGUUUUUUCACAAAUUAGGAUUUUUUAAAAACAAUGUGUCAAAUUCGGCAUCAAAAAAAUUGAAGAAUGAAAAUGACCAUAUUCAAGAGAAUGAAAUGUUAAAUGAACAAAUUUCGGAGGAAAAAAUCGAAGAAGUUAAUUGUGAUCUUGAAAAUAGUAUAAAUAAUAAGAUAAAACAAGAAAAAAUAGAGAGUGAAGAAGUUGGGGGGAAAGAAAAUGAUAAUAAUUUCAAUAACAAAUGUAAUAAUGGUGAUACACAAAUUUUAGAUACAAAUUUAAUAAAAGUUAAUGAAAAAGAGGUUGAAAAUUAUAUAAAUAUGAAAAAAGAUGUAAAAAAUAAUAUACAACCAUGUACUGAUGAAUCAGGAGAAUUGAAUAAUUAUCCAAUUUAUGUGAAUGAAGAUGUUAUGAAAAAUAUCUGUAAUAAAAUAUGUAAACAAAUGGGUACAACGAUAUAUAAUACUGUUUAUAAUGAACUAAAUAAAAUAUGCCCAUUAAAAAAUAUGAACAAGACAGGUGAAAAUGGUAGUUAUUUUUUGGAUGAGUGUCGAGAUAAAGAAUAUAAUGAAAUUUGUGCAAUGUCAAGUAGGUGCAAUAAAAAAAUAAAUGAAAUGAAAGAAGAAAUUAUAAAUUUAAAAAAUCAAAAUAAAAAUAUGAGUCUAAAAUUGGCAUCAAUAAAUAAUAGUAUAUGUAAAAUAUAUGAAAAUAUAAAACAUUAUGGAAAUUUUAUGAAAAAUCCAAAACAAAAUAUACAAGAAAUAAAAUUAGAAAAAAUACAAACCGAAAUAAAUACAUUAAAGAAAUCGGUUAAUAAUAUGGUAAAUAAAAGUUCAGAAAAUUUGAUUACUUUUCUAGAUGAUUUUAAAACAAAUAUAGGUAAAGUAUUACGAGCAAAUAAUGAUAAUUUAAGGAAAAUUAUUCAACAAAAUUUAGGAGAUAAUGAAAAAAAUGAUAGAAAUAUAUCUAAUAUUAAUACAUUUUAUAACGACCUAAUUUAUAACAAAGGAAUGACAGAAUUUUUAAAUCAAGUUCAUCAAAAUGCUUUAAAAAAAAUUAUGCCAUCAGUUAUUUCAUCAGAAAUCCAAGUUCAAUUUUCGAAAAGUAUAGUUCCAGGCAUGAGAGAAGCAUAUAAUACUGGAUUUCAAUCUAUAACAGAGCCUUUAAAUGAAUUAUUGGUAGAAAAUAGAAAAUGGUUAAAUAAUAAAGUAUGCGUAAUUGAAAAAGGUAUAUAUGAAAAAACUCAGAAAAACAACGAAGAAUCUUUAAUUGCUAUAAGUCAUAAAAUAGAUGCAUUAGAUAAAGAAUUUAAAAUGUUUACUUAUAGUAUUAAUGAACAAUUAAUAUAUCUUAAUGAAAAUAUAAAGGUUCUAAAUAAAAUUGUUAUGAAUCUUAAUAGUAAAAAAAUUGAUAACCAAAAAAUGGUAACAUAUAAUGAAGAAAUGGAAUUUGAAAAAAAAGAAUAUAGAGAAAAUGAAGAUGAUGUAUCAAAUAUAAAUAACAUAAAAUAUACGAAUAAAGCAAGCAACAAUAUUUCAUAUAAUAAUAAGCGUGCAUCUAUUGUUGAAUUAAAAAAUAAUUAUGAUAUAGAAGAUGUUGACGACGAAAAAAAAGAUGAAAAAAACCCCAAAAUUGAAAAAAAAAUGGAUACUUCAGAUAUUAUAAUAAAAGGAAAAAUUAAUCAAUUAUUAACUGAACAUGAAUAUAAUCAAGCAUUUACAUUAGCUUUAUCAAUAGAUAUAGAAAAAAAUACAAAUGCUUUUUGGGUAUUACAGUUAUGUCAUAGAUUUCAUGAAAAAAUGUUUUUAAAUGAAUCAUUAACUAUAAGCCAACCAGCUUUAUUGAGUAUUUGCAAAAUAUUAUGUGAAUCUUUGAUAAAAACAAUUAAUCUAUCUUUAGAAGAAUCAGAAUUUCGUCUUAAAUGGAUCCGUUCGUGUAUGCAACAAUUGGCUUUAAAUCAUUCCGAUUUAAUGAAAACAAACGCAUUUAUAUUUAUGAAAAAUAUGCAUAAUAAUAUAUCUGCAUUUAGUUAUUAUGUAGAAAAUGAGUUAGCAAAAAUUAUGGGAGGCAAUGUCAAUGAUAAUAAUGACCAUGACGAAGAAAAUCGAUUAAUAAUGAAAAGACAUCUCUUUAAAAAUAAAAUCGUCUUUAAUCAGAAGCAAACUACAAAUGAUAAAGAAAAAGAAAAUGAAAUUAAUUCACAUAACCAUUAUAGCUUGAAUAAUAACCACUUAAAUUAUGGUUCAGAACAAAAUAAUUAUCAGUAUAACAAAAAUAUGCUCAUCGUUUUACAGGAAGAAAUAUUCCAUAUUAGGAAGUUGCUCAAACGGAUAAUAAAUAGUAUGAACAAGAGUAGUGCAUAA